AUGUCGGUUACUGUUCCACUUAAAGCCGACCAACGUCAGCCGUUGUCCAACGGCAAGACUGCUGAUAGUACUACUUCGGCGCCUUAUAUUCCUCAUAUUACAGACAAUCUUACAUCAUUAAAUGUUGUGUUACGAAGGCAGGCAUUGUACACUUUCCAUGAACUCUCCAUAUUUCUCAAGUCCCUCGAGUCUUCAACUCUAUCUGAUAACGAAAAAAAGCGUUCUUUUCUAGAACUUCUCGUCAAGUUUCGGCAAAAUUUCUUGAGAUUGUAUGUUAUAUCCAAAUGGGCUCAAAGAUCGUUGUCUGUUCAAACUUUGAUUGAUUUAUUCGCUUGGCUUAGGCAACAGAGUCAGACCAUAUCGGGUGCCUUGACCCAAUUAGGUACCAUGAAACAGAGUAUGGUGUCUGCAAAGAUUCCUAAUCCCGAUAUUUCGACCGCUUUAGAAGUUCUUGUAAAGGGAAGACCUCAGUUACCUGCUCAUGGGUUUUUGAAGGAAGUCAAGCUCACUCCUCGGCUCAUUCUAAGGACUCUUAAACGACUCAAUGUUGCUAUUUCCACUCGACUGGCUCUCCAGGAAAAUCUACCGUCUACAUUUUACAACUAUACGGUUAAGGAUGGUCGUGCCACAUUCAAAGUUGCUGGUUGCUUUCAAUGCGCCAUUUCUAUUGCUGAUGAUAAUCUAAAAGAGCAGACGGAUAGUGCUGAUGUUCCUUCCUCUGCUUCAUUCACAUCUCCCUUUUAUCUCAUGGACUUUAAACUUGGCUUCCGUUCCAAAGACACAAAACUUGUUCCUGCCAUUACUGCUCUUCCAGCAGGAACAUUUCGUCAUCUUGAGCGAUUUGCGGACUUUCAGCUUGCACAUCAUGGACUUUCCGGACUCUACAGACUUCUUCAUGAAUAUGCACUCUCUUGCAAGCUUUACACAUUGCAUAGGCAGCUUCUUCAACUUCGUGUGGGACUUUGGAGGAGUCAUAUGGUUCAUACUUAUGAUGCCGAGAGGUGUUUCAUUGUAAUCACCUAUUGGCUUAAACGGAAGGCUCCACGUUCAACUAUUGAGAUCGGUAAGCUUGGUUCUGACGAAUUAGGAUUCCGUUGGAUUAAGGAGGGUAGACUCUAUAAAUCGCAUGGACUGAAAUUGUCUCAGGAGGAUGGUUCCAUCGAUAUUGAAGGAUUGGUGCGUAAAGUAAUUGCGCUUCAUAUCGAAUUGGCAGUUUCUGCUAUUCAACAAGGAGUUUUCGACACUGUCGAAAGUGCUGAUAAGUUUUGUACUCUAUACGGUGGCAGCCAGUUGGUUUUGGGAGUAAAUCACACAAGAACUGUCAUCUACAGUAUUGAUCCUCUUUCUGGCGAUGGCUAUUUCCAAAAUCCUACCCCUCUGAUGAAUGCAAUUGCCCGACAGAUCAAUAGUGACCCUCGUAAUACAUUUCUGGGUCUAUUGAGGCUUCGUCUGGAGACUCAAAAGCAAGAGCUUGCCGGUAUAUUAAAGACAACUGGUUGGCAACAUAUUCCUGCUGUUAAGCUGGGUGCUGCUGCCUUGCUUGUUUCCGAAGGUAUCAAUGAUUCCAACGGAAGCACAUACAACUCCACUGGAACAAGGACGAUGUCGGCCCACCCAAUAAUGGCCGCCAACCUUGAGUUCCUCAAGAAUAAAGCUGUCGCACCUCAGCUUCUCUCUUUAGAAUUUUAUCGCCGCCGUGAAUGGCCUAGGGAAUGGUUUCUUGCCGUGGCAGUGCCGGGAUACUCCACUCGGCCCCAAUUCUGGGUUUCAAAAGUGAGAUCAAGUCAAGGUAACUGGACUGUUGAUUGGUCUUGUAGUAUAGAGCCACCAGCAAAGGGACAUUCGCAUUAUUCCUACUUCAGUCUAAUUGACCUGGCUAAGGUUAGCACCUCCAAGUUAGUUUGUUAUUUGAUAGUCCAAGAGUUAACGGACGAAGGUUGUCAAAUUAAAAGCUUGGAUAAGAAUGACUCUGAAGUUAACGAAUUUGUGGAGAAAAUUCAGGGCGGGAAAGGCACUGGAGAGAUCUCGUCACUUCUUCUUCUCAGUAACAAGUCUCUCUUUGCUAUUCCUAACGCACGUGACUCGCUGGUGUUAGUCGCAUUGAUUGAUGAUCAAAAGCUCACUAUUCGUAUCUACGGUAAGCUGCAAUCUAGUCUGGCACUUGAUGCCACUAGCAGUAACAUUGCCAGCUCGGUUGAAGGUACCUCGAUCAAUCUUAACCGCGAAUCAGGAUUGUUUAUAGUAGAGACCGUUGUGAAUCUCACCGAGAGAUUCGGGAGUGGUGACAGAAAGAGUGCAUCCGAAGGGUCGCCUGCUACUUCUGGCGCCAUUGAGAACUUCUCUUCUACGGCUGACAGUCCUCUCGGUGAGGGAAAUAUCACAUCGCGUGGUAUUUUAUCGGAUUCACUUUCUGUGCUUAAGCAAUUAUCUGGUCUUCUUUCCUUGCUUCAAUUGGUUGGCAGAGAUUCAGAACUAAAACUUCUUGACGUUUCUCUGGAUAAGGUGAGUUUCCAAUACGGAUCUUCUGGAUCGGAGUCGAUUUCUUUGCAGGUGAUUCCCUCUACCUCUCAUAGUUCGGAUGCUGUUUUCAUUGAAAUGCCUGAAAAUAAUCCACAUCAAUUAUGUUUGCGUCACCUUAUUAAUAUGGUGUCCUCAGACUUUAGUUAUCGAAAGGUUGGUGAGCUUAUCACAUAUCUUAAGCUAACCCUUCCGUUGUUCAAAACGUACAUCGAUCUCACUGAUGAUAACAAAAAGAUUGCCAAAGAAUUCAGCGACGCCAACGAUGGGCCUGAUAUUUCUGUGGAUAAUGUGAAAUUAACUCCUGAUCACGGGUAUAGUUUGUCUUUGUAUCAUUUUGAGUUGAUGAAAGUGCUUUACUAUAAGACAAUCAGUAAGAAGGUGGAUAAGAAACAAAAAUUCGAGCGGUUUAGGUAUAAUUUGAAAGUGGAACUACGUCACAGGUAUAAUAAACUGUCUCUCCGUGGUUCUGUUUAUCUUAUAUCGCUGGAUGAUCCAUACAUCAGAUUGGGGGGUGCUGGAAGUGCUGUAUCAGCUAACUCAAUACAGUUAGGGACAGGUGCGUCUCCUACUUCUUCUCCUGCAACAGAUGAACCUAUUAGGACUCUUCAGAGUAAGAUUUUGAAUACUUUAGGGCAGUAUUUCAGUGGUGAUAGACCAAUUGAUGGUGCCACUUCAUCAGUGGUUUGCUUGAAAAAUGCCGUUGCCUGUGACUAUAAAAGUGUCGCUGCAGUACUUCAGUUCUUGCACAAGAAGAUGGAAGAGGUAAUUUACCAAUGA